AGUUUUUUUUGGGUGUUCUCCACGCUGCUUUUAUAAAUAAACAGUAUCGUCUUCUCGAAAGAUCCACCAACUCCUUUUAUCUCUGCCACUGCAUCAGCGUCGAUCGUCUCUCUUUGCAUCACUCAUUGUUUUCAUCUGUUCAUCUACUAUGGCGACGAAGAGAAACGUUGGAACGUUGAAGGAAGCUGAUCUGAAGGGAAAGAGCGUGUUCGUGAGAGUUGAUCUCAACGUCCCUUUGGAUGAUAACUCUAACAUCACUGAUGACACCAGGAUUCGCGCCGCUGUUCCCACCAUCAAGUACUUGAUGGGAAACGGAUCUAGAGUUGUUCUCUGCAGUCACUUGGGUCGCCCAAAAGGUGUUACCCCUAAGUUCAGCUUAAAGCCUCUUGUGCCGAGGUUGUCUGAGCUUCUUGGGAUUGAGGUUGUAAUGGCAAAUGACUCUAUUGGUGAGGAAGUCCAGAAACUAGUUGCAGCACUACCUGAAGGAGGUGUUCUUCUCUUGGAGAAUGUGAGGUUCUAUAAGGAAGAAGAAAAGAAUGACCCUGAAUUCGCAAAGAAGCUCGCUGCCCUUGCUGAUCUCUAUGUCAACGAUGCUUUCGGAACUGCUCAUAGAGCUCAUGCUUCCACCGAGGGAGUUGCCAAAUACUUGAAGCCUUCUGUCGCCGGUUUCCUCAUGCAGAAGGAGCUUGAUUACCUUGUCGGAGCUGUAGCAAACCCCAAGAAGCCUUUUGCCGCCAUUGUUGGAGGUUCAAAGGUUUCAACGAAGAUUGGUGUCAUUGAGUCGCUCUUGUCCACCGUUGACAUUCUCCUGCUCGGUGGAGGUAUGAUUUAUACUUUCUAUAAGGCGCAAGGACACGCGGUCGGAUCUUCCCUUUUGGAAGAGGACAAGCUUGACUUGGCCAGGUCACUCAUGGAGAAGGCCCAAGACAAAGGUGUCUCUCUUUUACUCCCAACCGAUGUGGUUAUUGCUGACAAGUUCGCUCCUGAUGCUAACAGCAAGAUAGUGCCGGCCACGGCAAUCCCAGAUGGCUGGAUGGGACUCGAUAUUGGUCCAGACUCAAUCAAGACAUUCAGCGAAGCUCUGGACACAACCAAGACCAUCAUCUGGAAUGGUCCCAUGGGUGUUUUUGAAUUUGAAAAGUUUGCAGCUGGAACUGAGGCCGUAGCAAAGCAGCUGGCGGAGCUGAGCGGAAAGGGAGUGACCACAAUCAUAGGAGGAGGUGACUCUGUAGCUGCCGUUGAAAAGGUUGGUUUGGCGGACAAGAUGAGUCACAUCUCUACCGGAGGCGGUGCAAGUUUGGAGCUUCUAGAGGGAAAGCCACUCCCAGGAGUCCUCGCUCUCGACGACGCUUGAGAAUCUUUAAGUUCCUGCACAUCUCUCUUGUGUUAUUUAUUAUACAAUCGUGUACCAAGUCGUCUGGUUUUCUUGUAGUCUGAUUUUUGUUGCUUUAGCUGCUCGUUGAUUGUUGUUUGUUAUAUGAUUGUCUAUCACACUGUUGGCUGUCUGAAUCUCUGGAUUCGUUUCAAAAUGAUUGAAUCUCCCUGAUGAGAGAAAAAUUCAUCAAUUUGUUUGUUCA